UUAGUUAGAAAAAGAACGCAGCUCAUGGAUAUCACAAAUCAAACUGUCACUUCUUGCACUGCAAUAUAGUUUAAUUCUUUUGUUUUUUUUAAGUGUUUUCUUUUCAAAUUGAAUAAAUAGAAAAUAAAUCAAACAAUAUCCUGAAGAAUAGGUACUCUAAAAUGAACUUCAGUAUAUUGGAAAGUUUUUGGCGGCUAAGUAGCUUAAAUUCGUACCGAAAAUUGUCUCAAAUAAAAGUCAGAGGUUAUGCAAUCCAAACGAACAAAAAUAGUUGGUCCAAUGUAUUACUUCAAACUCAGAGAAACUACGUUAUUAGGCCCGUAAUAAAUGAAAACCUAACAUUAUUAGAGCAAGCAUUAAGUAAACUUCAAUCAGAUUUUGCUCAUCUGGGUUAUGUUAAUCCUGGAAACUUCCGAAGAAUGCUAGAAUCUUUAGAAGCUGGUGGAUCUCUCACUACCGAAGACAGUAUAUUCUUGUUAAACUCAUGUGGGCCCGAAUUAAUGCCUUCCCAGACUCCACAAAAUCGAAUGGAACUCUUCACAAAACUAUGGGAAUAUCUCAAGAAAAACGAUGCACUUCAGAAAGAUCAUUAUAAGUCUUUUCUUAAAGUUCACGCUGAGAAUGGUUUCGUCAUAGAAAAUUUUCGUGAGUUUCUCGAAGAAAAACAACUAACUGAAAACCCUGAAAUGUACGAAAAACUAAUUCAAUUUGCGUGUCGGAUUGGCGACAUCAAGCUGGCAACUGAUAUUUUAGUUGACAUGAAAGCUAAAGGAUUACCUCUUACUGAAAAUGUUUUCAAUGCUCUCAUUAUGGGCCAUGCAAAGAAUAAAGAUUUACCAAGUGCAUUAGUUGUUUUGGAAACUAUGAAAGCAGCUAGGGUCGAGCCGAGUUCAUCCACAUUUACACAGUUGAUUAUUGCGUAUAUUAAAAAUGGAAAUAUGGAUAAAGCCAUUGAUCUUUUCCUCAUACAUUCUCAGCGUUUCAAUGCACAAAAGAUAAUAAAAAUUAUUAGAGAACUCACAGUUAAUGAGCAGGGCAAAACAAAUCGAGAAUUUAUGGCUCUUCUUGUUAGAGAAUUGCCUGCUGAAUAUUUAAAUGCCAAGGAAGUACCUUCACCUAUUAGAAACUUAUGUACCGAACUCAUUCAUUCUGGGCAUGUGGAUGAAGCUUAUGUUGUCAUGGAUUGUCUUCCUUGCCCAAAAUUCAAUGAUGAUCAAGACAUCGACACAUAUGGUUACAUUUUUCUACAAGAUCUUUUUCGCGGUAAAGUAAAUUCUGAGAAAAUAAUCGAAAUUGCGAAUGAGCUGAUUGCAAGUGGGAAAAAUUCACGUGCUCUUCAUGUGGCCUGUGAUAGUGCAAUGCACAGAAAUCCUGAUCUUGGUUAUCUUUUUUUAAAAGCACUAUCAGAAAAAGAACAUCUGCGUCCGCAUUAUUUCUGGCCACUGUUCCUUCACAGAUUCAGAAGUAAUGGAGAGGCUGGUAUUAUUAAAGUUGUCAAAAUGAUGUCUGAACUUAAAGUUGAAUGCGACUUUGAAACUUUGUCGUUUUACGUGCUCCCAAAAUUGUCGGUUACUUUGGAGAACGCUCAACAAGCGAUAAAGACUCUUGAAGCUUGUGGACUGAGAACAUCACAGUCGUUAAAUCCAUUGAUAGUCCAGUUAAUAGCCCAGCAAAAAUUGGAAGAAGUUAUGAAGAUCGCUCAACUCUACACAUCCAAGCUAGAAACUAAACUUUUUGUUCAACCACUCGCGCACCUAGCGGUUCGCAUUCGAGCGACUAGACGCUUUCAAAAAUAUACUAACACCAUCCACACACUUUUUUUAAAAUCUAAUGAUCCUAAAAUCGAUUUUGUAGGACUAGUACUUAUUGAAUUAAUAAUUCAUAAGAAGCUGCGCGAUGAUGUUCGUAUGCUUGAGCGCAUUAUCAGUGAUGUAAGUAGGUUGGGAACGAAAAUAUCACCAGCGGCUGCAGAAGCUCUCAAUACUCAUUUUAUCAAAAUAAAAACUGAUGAAACUGAUAUACCUAAUAUUCGACAAUUGCUGGCAACAAUGACCGAUCGGAAACUAACAUUAAAGUCGUCUGAGAAUUCCAACUCGAAUAUUGUUCACCCGAGAGAUAUGUCAUACGAAGAACUGGAGUGCCAUUUGCUGGAGCUGGAGGCAAAAAAUAUGAACACGCGGGGAGUACUUCGGCGACUCUUGCAAAUCUGUGUAAGAGAUAAUAAGCUCAAAAGAGCCUUAGAAGUUAAAAAUAAAUGCGAUAUAGCGAAAGUUGAGCUAAGUCCAGGGAUGAUGGCGAGUAUAUUGGAUAUGUAUAUUAAAUUGGAUGACUUUUCAUCUGCCCAGUUAAGUCUUCAGCAGUUACAGAAAACAUUUCCCGGUUUCCUUUUAGAUGAACAUAAACUACUUGAUUUUGCUGCUCUUACGGUGAAGCAGAACGAACUGGAAAAAGCAAAACAAAUCCUAAUGGAACGAGCGGCAUCCAGAAAAGUGUUCGGCGGAGAUUAUGUAAUUAAGAAUGUGUGGAAUCUUUUGACUAAUGUAGCACAAUUAGCUGCCAAGCAAACGGAUUUACCAAAAGAAACAAAUAUCACAAAAGAGAUGUUCUUUUUUGUUCGAAAACUUGGUUUCUGCAAUGCUCACAAUGCUGUGCUUGGCCCAAUCAUUCGAGAGUAUAUUCUCCGUAAGGAUAUUCGUUCGGCGGUAGCUGAAUUCAAGACACUAGCAGAAACUUUUCGUCAUACUCCAUUGCAAUUUGAAUUGUCGAGUCUAUUGGUUCGACUCAGCAACGGAAAACACAAAGAAAACUUCAAUGUUAGCAAAGAAGAAGCCAAAGAAUUGCUUCAGGAUUUAACACGGACCGCAUCAAGUAUACAUGGUCAGGUUAAUAUGAACUCUUCACUUCUCUUAGCUGUCGCAGAGUCCGGUACAGAAAAUCAGCUCCGUAAGUUAUUGAUUAAUCCAGAAUUCAGAUUAAAUCACGAGAUGUUGGCCCAAAAUUGUGAACAUCUCAAUAAAGAGGGAAGUGUUUACACAUUAAUGAGAUUGGCGAAAGCGUGUAGAGGCUUAGGUCAUGUGAUAAAAGAACAUGAUGUUUAUAAUAUGCUACUUAUGAAGUUCGUAAAUGAAAAUAAUUGUGCGGCGUCAUUGGAACUUUUUGAGAAACUGGAAGCAGAUGAUGAAUUCAAAAUGUCGCAAGAAUUUCUUAGAACCUUAGUCAAUCUAUUAAAGGUCAAUAAACUAGAUAUUCCAAGUAGUUUAGCUUUAAGAGCACAAGUAACAUAGUUGCAAUAAAAAGUUUAAAAAUAAAAAAAAGUGGU